ACAAACUCUCUCGUUUUCUUCCCUACUGUGACCCCGAAGAUCCUCUACAGAACAUCUCUGUGGUUUCCUCUCGUUUCCUUGGCUCGCUCUCCUUCUCUGAUGGAAGACGAUGAUGAGUUCGGAGAUCUCUACACAGACGUCCUACGCCCUUUCUCUUCAUCGGAUCCUUCUCAGCCUCCAAUCUUCUCCUUUGCAGUCUCAGGCUCUUCCGCAAACCCUUCAUCCGACCCUAACAAUCACAGCGAUGACGAAAAAUUCUUGUUUGGAGCUCCCAAUUCUAGUAGCUCUGUCCUAACUUAUAACGCCAAGAAGGAAGAGAGAGACCAGAUUCCUGAGGAGAGCAACUAUGGCGCUUCGAAUUGGACCGAUAGUAAGAAGGUGGAUGAAAUAGAAGAAAAGGACGAAGAAGAACAGGAUAAAGUAACAGCUAGGGCUUCUGAUAGUCAGUUAUCGAAUUCUUCAAAGGCAGACUUGACGAUAGAUCUGGAUAAUGGAGCCGUGGAAUUACAACAAGCAGAAGACGUUAGGGUUUCUGAAACUUUAGACGCUUUCGAUAAAUCUGAGAUUAAUGAAGCGAAAGGUGAAGAGGCUGGUGAUAAAGAUGGGGUCCUGAUCGAUGAUGGCGGCGUGUUCCUAGAGGAAGAGGCAGGGAGCAAGGUGGAUAUUGUUGUUGGUAUCGAUGAUAUGGACUCGGAGCCGAUAAUUCCUGGACUCUCCGGUGGUUCUUUUAUUCCUGGCGUUUUUGAUGAUUCAGGAAACGGGGGAAGUGCGAAAGCUGCUGCUGCUAGAACGGAGGAUCGCGAUGGCGCUAGGGACGAUUGGGACAGUGACAGCGAGGACGAUCUGCAGAUUGUUCUGAAUGAUAACACUGGGCCUCCUGGCAUGGACAGGAAGGAGGGAAUGGGAAGCGACGACGAGGAUGAAGAUGGGGAAGAUUUGAUUAUCGUUGCCGAUGGUGACCAGCAUCAUCCGCCUAUGGAAGAGCAGGAAUGGGGCGACGAUUCUGCACAGGCUCCGGAUGGGGAGAGGAAGGAAGGCGGUGACACUGUUAAAGCUAAUGGAGGAAUGGUCAAUGCUGUGGGAGCUAGAAUUGGGUAUAGCAAUCAUGGUUAUCAUCCACAUCAUUCUCAGUUUAAGUAUGUAAGACCUGGUGCUGCAGUGAUGCCUGGAGGAUCUUUUGUUGGUCCUGGAGGUGUCUCUGGUCAAGUUCGUCCACCUAUAACAAUGGGCCCAGUUGCUGGUCGUGGUAGAGGUGAUUGGAGACCCAGCGGAAUUAAGGCAGCUCCUACCAUGCAGAAAAGUUUUCACUCAGGAUUUGGACCUGCUUGGGCCAACAAUUCAGUAGGACGUGGUUUUGGCGGUGGAUUGGAGUUCACACUUCCAUCUCAUAAGACAGUAUUUGAUAUUGAUAUUGAUACUUUUGAGGAAAAACCAUGGAGACACCCUGGUGUUGAUACAGCUGACUUUUUCAACUUUGGGUUGGAUGAAGAGAAAUGGAAAGACUAUUGCAGACAGUUGGAACAACUCCGCCUUGAGGCAACCAUGCAAAGCAAAAUCCGUGUCUAUGAAAGUGGGAGAUCGGAGCAGGACUAUGACCCAGACCUUCCACCAGAACUUGCAGCUGCAGCAGGGAUUCAUGAUGCUUCAGCUGAAAAUGCACAUCCAGGAAAGACAGAUGGUGCACAAAGUGAUUUACUUGGCCAAGGAAGAGGAGCUGCACGUGUGCGUCCACCAAUUCCAACUGGGAGGGCAAUACAAGUAGAAGGUGGUUAUGGUGAACGUCUUCCCUCCAUAGAUACUAGGCCACCACGGAUUCGUGAUUCAGAUGCAAUUAUCGAGAUCGUCUUACAGGACUCAAAUGAUGAUGAUCCCAUCACUGACAAUGGCAACCUAGAGCAAGAAGAAAAUGAUUCCCAAGGGAAGCAUUGUAAUGGAGGAGGUGAUGAAGUUGAAAAUAUGGGCCAGACUGACAGUGACUAUUUUGGUGAUCGUUUACCACAAACUUAUAAUGGCAGGAAGAGGGAGGUUGUGGGCAGAAGAACAUCAUUUAUGGGGCCUGUUCACAAUAACAUACAUGAAGGAGAUGGAAUUUUACCCUUCCCUCCUGAAGCACCCAUGCAAUACCGUCCUGGUUCUAAAGGGCGGUCCCAUACAUACCCUGGCGGCAUGUAUGGUAUACCGCAUGAAGAAAGGGAGCCACCCGAUGCAGCACAUGAUAGAUACCACGCUGGAACUGCUGAGCAUGGACAUGAUCAGGUACCGAGUCCAAGGGAACGCGUAAACAGAUUCCAGGAUAGUCAGAAGGAGAAAUCAGGGGAAAGUAGUGAUCGCAAACAGACUCCAGAGUCUUCCCCUAUCACAGAAAAGGCUGCUAAGGAGUCUAGUGUGGAACCUAUAGAUGCCAUGCCCCAUGAUCUUGUUUUGGCUGAUAGAAGCACUGAAGCAGAUGGGGAGGAAAUGGCUACCGAGUCAGUAGUCCCAAGUGAUACCAUCGGAGAUGGGAACCUGCUAAAUAUUGUUGAGAAACAAAAACUAAGUUCACGUGUUGAGCAGCCUAUAGUUCAAGACAUUGGUGAUGGGGAUGACUUAAGGGUCACAUGUAGUAGUGAUAACAGCAAAGCAAGAUCAGGAAGCAGCAGAGGUUAUCAGAAGCGGCGUGAGGAUGAUGAGGAAGAGGUAGUUCAAGAUGGCCGGUCAAGGCGCAUGAUAGACGUGAAAAGGCAUCGCAAUGAUGAAGAACAUAGCUUUCGAAGGGGAGAUGAUUAUGGCCGUGAUAGCAAACAUGAGGUGGACCAUAACCGCAUAGCUGCAAAAGGGAGGGAAGAUCCAUAUCACUCUUAUCCUCGUAGAGACUGGGAUCCUAGCUCAGCGCAUUAUUCACGUAUGAAGGCUGAGGGUUUUGAGAGGCCAAAGGAGAGGGAUAAAUCUAUUGUAGCUUGGCAAAGACGAGAUGAUGAGACACAUGGGAGACGGGGGAAAGAUGAAGAGACAAGGAAGCAUGAACGUGUUGAGGAAAUGGGAUCUAGACAUAGAAGUAAGGUACGGGAAGGUGAGAGGAGUGACAAAGAUGAGCAUCUUCACUCCAGAAAACGAUUGGACAAUGGUGAUUGGAGGGGUCGUGCUGAUAAAGAGGUGGGACCAAGACUGAGGGAGAGAGAUGAUACUUUGACAAGUCGGCAUGAGAAUGUGGAUGAUCCUCAUUCCAAGAGAAGGAAGGAUGAAGAACAUCAGAGGAGGGAACAGGCUGAAAAGGAAGAAACCUUGCAUGGCUACAGAGCUAGGGAACAGACCAGCCGAAGAAAGAGGGAGAGGGAUGAUGUUCUGGACCAAAGGAGGAGGGAUGAACAAUCAAGAGGAAGAGAUCGACCUGAUGAUCACCGUUCUUCUAGGCACAGAGAUGAGAGCUGGCGACAGAGGGAGAGAGAUGACCGGCAAAGGCUCAAGCAACCCCAUGAAGAUUCCUUAUCAAAAAGGGAAAGUGAAGAAGGAAGGGGAUCAUCAAGGAGUGGCAGAGGUCUAGAAGACAAAAUUUGUCCUGUGAAUGUGAGGGCUAAGGAUGAGACUAAGGGUCUCGGAUCUGAUAAAGACUACCAGCUGAAGGAUAAAAGGCAACUGAGUGAGCAAGUUAAGAAGAGAGACAGAAUAGAGGAUGAAACUCCUUCACAACAUAGGGGACGUGAUAAUCGGAGCAAUAUGGAGGAGAGAAGCUCAAGGCAUGAAAGGUCAGGUAGUCAUAAUGAUCACCCUGUAAAUGUUUCAGAUCGACAUUGGAUGCACAAGGAAAGACAUAAAGAUAGCAGGAGGAAAAGCAAAGAAUAUGAAGGAGGUGAUCAGAACACCCUGGGACCUGCCAAGCGGAAGCAAGAAAAUAGCAGUGCUCACCAGAAUGAGAAGGUGAGCAUGAGAGGCCUAAGUGAGCAAGAAAGUGGUAACAUGUUGACAUUAGGUCCCCCUGACUCUAAUGAUCCUGCACAGUCAAGGUCCUCAAGUGUGCUCUCCAAGAAGAGUCAUCACGAAAAUGAGAUUCCACAACAACGUCACUCUUCAAGAAAACAUAGAGAAGAUGCUCCCUCAGAUGAUGACCAACAAACCUCGAGGAAAGGUCGGUCCAAAUUGGAGCACUGGAUAAGCCAGAAAGAAAGGGAUGAUAAUACCAGUUCUCAGCCAUCUUUGUCAAAGGCUGAAGAGACCGACAGGAAUGACCCAUCUUCCUUUGCCAGCAAGCAGCCAGAUGGAUCAACCAAGACAGUUGAGGCUGUUGAUAACCAACCUCCCCUACGGGAGGGCAGAAAUAGUGGUGGUUUGGAGUUCAAGGAUUCUGAUAUUGGCUCUACACCUGGCAACCGACUUGAGGCAGAAAGGCUUGGAGAUGAUCGCCAUAUGGAUACAGUUGCGAAACUGAAAAAGCGGAGUGAGCGAUUCAAACUUCCAAUGCCUAGUGACAAGGAUAGCAAGAAGACGGAAAGUGAACAGUUACCUGCAACCCAGACUGAAAGUUCUGCAAAUACAGAAGUCAAACCAGAACGACCAGCUCGGAAACGAAGGUGGGUCAGUAACUAAGGGAGGUUCAAUGUUUUCUGAUUCUGGAUUUUUGCAGACCUCUGAUCUUGUUGAUUCUUCAACUUGGAAACUGAAGUUCUUACCUCUCAACAUUUGAGAAUGCCCUCCAAGCAUUCCAACGGUUCUCAUGAUGGCACUCUGUGUACCAUUAGAGUUCAUUCACCUGAGCAAUAGUCUAUCUUUCUAUUUACAAUGGCCAUAAUGUAUGUUUCAUUGUAGUGUAUGUAUACUGAUUAAUUGUAACGUUGGCCAUGGAACUGCUUUUUUCUGCAUUGAAUAGUGUUGUUUUAUGAACCUGGGACAUGGCGUCUGUGAUGCCAUGGGAAUAA